UGAACGCAUCAUGCGCCGUUCACGGACCGCCCUGACCGGACACGUCAGCGGUCACGCGCAGACUGCGUGCUGGACUGCUUGACAGACUGGGCUCGUGUCGAACCGAGUUAACGGAGGUCAACCCCGGGAGGACUGGCGGCUGCCCACCCGCCCCCACCAGGUUCUGUUCCGGGUGCGCGCGCAUAAUGCUCGCUCCCCCGCGCGCUCCGUGAGGACUAGUUGGGUGUAGUUUUGACGCCGCCAUGUCCCGCACAGGUCUGGAGCUGCUCAGGCGGACGGCCAGCGGAGUCCGGAGCGCCGGGAGCCCGCAUGCAGGCUGCGGGUCCGCGCGGGAACAGACGGAACCUCGAGUCCAUUGCUUUCACAGAUACUCCACAAUGUCUUCCAGUCCCUGCUUCCCUGCGGGUUCUGGACGGUCCGGUACCGGGCCGUUUCUCAGGACUUGGACCGGUGAGCUCCUCCACGGACCCGGCCGGCGUCUGAACCAAGGCGGCUCCACGGUGGGCCGGCUGACGCCAGAGGACCUCGAGAAAGCCCGGAAGAAAGCCGAAGUCAAGAAAUAUAAACAAGUGCUCAGUGAGAGCGCCCGGGAGAGGAGGGUCCCCGUCACUCGGAUCGGACGGCUGGUCAACUUCGGGGGUCUGGCGUUCGGACUCGGCAUCGGAGCGAUCGCAGAGGCCGCCAAAAAGAGCUUCAAGAUCAAACAAGAAGGUCCCAGACAGGCCGUCCUGGAUUCGAACCCGUUCCUCUCUGAAGCCAACGCUCAGAGGAUCGUUCGCACGCUCUGCAAAGUUCGAGGAGCGGCUCUCAAACUUGGACAGAUGCUCAGCAUUCAGGAUGAGGCCUUCAUCAACCCUCAGCUGGCUAAGAUCUUCGACCGCGUCCGGCAGAGCGCCGACUUCAUGCCAACCAAGCAGAUGAUGAAAGUCAUCAGCGGCGAUCUGGGCCCAAACUGGAGGGAGGAGCUGGAGUUCUUUGAGGAGAGGCCGUUUGCGGCGGCGUCCAUCGGUCAGGUGCACCUGGGCCGGCUGAAGGACGGCAGAGAGGUGGCCAUGAAGAUUCAGUAUCCCGGCAUCGCGAAGAGCAUCGAAAGUGACGUGCGGAACAUCAUGACGGCUCUGAGCUUAAGCCACGCCCUCCCUGAAGGUCUGUUCCCGGAGCAUCUGGUCGGGGUCAUGAGUCGGGAGCUCGCUCUGGAGUGCGAUUACCUUCGGGAGGCGCAGUGCGCCCGCAACUUCAAGCAGCUGCUGAAGGACCACCCCUUCUUCUGCGUGCCCGACGUGAUCGAGGAGCUGAGCGGCAGACACGUCCUCACCACCACGCUGGUGCCCGGCUUCCCGCUGGACAAAGCCACGGACCUGUCCCAGGGUCUCAGGAACGAGAUCUGUGAGCAGAUCCUGGUCCUGUGCCUGAGGGAGCUGUUUGAGUUCAGAUACAUGCAGACCGACCCAAACUGGUCCAACUUCUUCUUCGACCCCCAAACCCACCGGGUCGCUCUGCUGGACUUCGGAGCCACGCGGGGAUUUGACCAGAGCUUCACCGACGCCUACAUCGAGGUCAUCAAAGCAGCAGCCGACCAGGACAGAGAAGGAGUUCUGCUGCGGUCCAGAGCCAUGAAGUUCCUCACUGGAUACGAGUCGAAGUCCAUGGAGGACGCGCACGUGGACGCCGUGAUGAUCCUGGGCGAGGCCUUCUCCUCCGAGGAACCCUUCGACUUCGGGGAGCAGAGCACCACGGAGCGCAUCCACAGGCUGAUCCCGGUGAUGCUGAAGGAGCGCCUCACCCCCCCUCCGGAAGAGACCUACUCCCUGCACCGGAAGAUGGGGGGCUCCUUCCUCAUCUGCUCCAAGCUGAAGGCCAGAAUCUCCUGCAAGAAGAUGUUCCAGGACGCGUACGGCCGCUACUGGGGGGACAGGCGGCCGGGACGGCGGCCGUGAGGACGCCACCCUUCUGGACGGUUUAUUGUACUGGGACUGUUCCAAUGAAUUAAUAAUGGGGGGGGGGGAAAUAAUUGAUUGUGUUCGUUCUAACUUUUUGUUCUGUGACAACAGAAGAACCUCAGAACCAGCAGGCGCCUUCAGGGUCGCCAGCCGUCCAACCAUGACAGUAAACUGGACUCGCAGGAGUCUGUCGCCAUCCCAUAAUAAUCAGGGAUCUUUAAGAUGGGGAAACCUGCACAGGAAGCUCUUCCUGCUCCGCAGAAGCUGGUUCCUCCUGCAGACUUUGGUUUGAGGAUCAGGAAGACAUGAUGGAGACGCGGAACUUUAAACGCCUCCUCAUUGUGGGCGGAGCUAACGUUAACCGUAACCGAAGGGGGGGGGGCGGAGCAUACCUACUUCUUAAAGGUUCUUUCAGAAGAAAUAUGGAAAUGUUACUUUGAACAAAAUAUUUAAACCAAAUCCAGACGUUUCAUGUCAUGGUUGCUUCUAUUUACAUCUUUAUAAACUGUUAUUUGAAAUAAAAUUGUUCUUUUUUCAAA